AUGAGCAUUUCUUCGGAAGAAUUAACUGUUUUUCCAAGAGAUUUAUUUCAUGGCCUUGAAGAUCUUCACCUUAAGCUAUUGAAUAUCGAAUGUGACAAUCUGACUACACUGCCAAAAGAUAUCUUCAAUCCUCUUGAUGAUCUUCGUACGUUACGAAUGAAUUGCAGCGAACUAAAAUAUCUAGAUUCGAGUAUUUUCUAUGAGUUAUUACAACUUAAGAAACUUGAUCUCAGCUGCAACAAACUAAUAACUUUAUCAAAAGAUAUAUUUAAUGGUCUACAAGAUCUGUGUGUCCUAGAUUUAAGUUUUAACCAACUCAGUUACCUUGAGCCAGGUAUUUUCGAUGAUUUAUUGAGCCUAAAUGAUCUUUAUAUCAGUGAUAACAAUCUUACAACUUUACCGAAAGAUAUAUUUCGUAAUUUAAAAAAGCUUCGUUAUCUAAAUUUACGUUCAAACAAACUGAACAAUCUUGAGUCAGGUUGUUUCAAUGGCCUUGAAAAUUUGUUGGAGCUAUAUUUGGAUAGAAACAAAGUCACAUUUUUAUCAAAAAAUAUAUUUAGUAGUUUAAAAGAGCUUCGAAGUCUUUAUUUAGGCUCUAACAAACUACGAAUUCUUGAGUCAGGUUGUUUCAAUGGUUUAUCACACCUCCAUGAGCUUCGUAUGAGCAAAAACAGUUUAGCAACAUUAUCCGAAGGUCUUUUCAAUGGUCUCGAAAGUCUUCAGAUACUGUAUUUGAAUUCAAACAAACUACAAAAUCUUGAGUCAGGUUAUUUCAAUGAUUUAUCACGACUUGAGAAGCUUCAUCUGGGCCAUAAUAGUCUUACAACAUUAUCCAAAGAUGUUUUCAAUGGUCUUGAAAGUCUUCAGAGACUAUAUUUAAAUUCGAACAAACUACAAAAUCUUGAGCCAGGUUGUUUCAAUGGUUUAUCACGACUUGAGAAGCUUAAUAUGAUCCACAACAGUCUAACAACAUUAUCCGAAGAUGUUUUUAAUGGUCUUGAAAGUCUUCGGACACUGUAUUUUUUUCCAAACAAGUUGACUAGUUUCUCAGAAGAUAUAUUUAAUGUUAUGGAUACAAAUAUUUCAACGCCAACUAUUAAAAGCCAUAAUAAAUACUUUUGUAACCGAGAGUCACCUUAUUAUAAUCAAGAAAUUUGUGAGUUGCUGAGUAAUAAUGCUGAAAAACAUGAGAUGAACAUUUCUCAGAGAAACUUAACUGUUUUUCCAACAGAUUUAUUUCAUGGCCUUGAAGAUCUUCAACUUGAGGAAUUAGAAAUCAGCUGUAGGAAUCUGACAACACUGCCAAAAGAUAUCUUUAAUCCUCUUGAUGAUCUUCGUUGGUUACGAAUAAAUUCAAACGAACUAAAAUAUCUCGAGUCGAGUAUUUUCUAUGAGUUAUUACAACUUAUAAAUCUUGAUCUCAGUUUCAACAAACUAAUAACUUUAUCAAAAGAUAUAUUUAAUGGCCUACAAGAUCUGUGUAUCCUGAAUUUAAAUUGUAACCAAUUGAGUUACCUUGAGCCAGGUAUUUUCGAUGAUUUAUUGAGCCUAGAGAGUCUUGAUAUCUGCUAUAACAAUCUCAAAACUUUACCAAAAGAUAUAUUUCGUAAUUUAAAAAAGCUUCGUUGUCUAAAUUUACGUUCAAACAAUCUGAACAAUCUUGAGUCAGGUUGUUUCAAUGGUCUUGAAAAUUUGUCGUCACUAAAUUUGGAUUCAAACAAACUACAAAAUCUUGAGUCAGGUUGUUUCAAUGGUCUUGAAAAUUUGUCGUCACUAAAUUUGGAUUCAAACAAACUACAAAAUCUUGAACCAGGUUGUUUCAAUGGUCUUGAAAAUUUGUCGUCACUAAAUUUGGAUUCAAACAAACUACAAAAUCUUGAACCAGGUUGUUUCAAUGGUUUAUCACAACUUUAUGAGCUUCAUAUAAGCGAAAACAGUUUAGCAACAUUAUCCGAAGGUCUUUUUAAUGGUCUUGAAAGUCUUCAGAGACUGUAUUUGUCUUCAAUCGAACUACAAAAUCUUGAGUCAGGUUAUUUCAAUGAUUUAUCACGACUUGAGAAGCUUGAUCUGAGUCACAACAGUCUUACAACAUUGUCCAAAGAUGUUUUCAAUGGUCUUGGAAGUCUUAAGGUACUGGAAUUAAACUCAAACAAACUACAAAAUCUUGAGUCGGGUUGUUUCAAUGGUUUAUCACAACUUGAGGAGCUUAGUAUGGUCCACAACAAUCUAACAACAUUAUCCGAAGGUAUUUUCAAUGGUCUUGAAAGUCUUGAGACACUGUAUUAG